CCCCCUCCCACUGCAACCAGUGAGCUGAUUGGCCUACCCUGUGGCCUCUGGACACCUGUUGCUGUCUGUCGUGGGGCCACCCUCCUCAUGAUCCAUCCUGUGCACCAGGCCCAACGCCGCAGCAGUGAGCCUGACUCUGGACCUGCUGUUUCUCAGACGUCUCCAUGACAACCAGGGCCCUGGAGGAGCUGGAUGGAGGCCUGGGCAGCUGCCAAGUGGACGAGGGCCUCUCUGCCCUGGCUGACCCCUGCCCAGGCCAGCCGCGGGAGGACAGGGCUCCAGUGACACCCAGUCCGGCCGACUCCAACAGCUGGCCUCAGGAUUCUCAGGAGCCGGUAGCUGAGGGCAGCCCCGCAGGCGGUGUGGAUGCCAGGCCCAAGAAGACAGAAAAGGAGCCGGUGGCCAAAGUGGCCUCAGGACACGGGAAGGAGAGGCUGAAAACAGGAGCAAAGGCUAUGGCUGGGGAAGCGGAAGCCCCUGUGCCUGUCCUUGAACCGUGGGUCCCGCCAAGCUCAGCCCCGAAGGGUCCUGCAUCGGCCCUGCCAAAGCCCGUGACCUGGGCUCCCCCACUGGGACCGCCUGCGCCCCAGAUGAAGGUAGAGGAAAGGGCCAAGGUCCCCGGGAGCAGGGAGGCUGCAGGGAAGUACAAAGGGGAGUCUGAGGAGACCGCUGGGGAGGAGCCCGCGCCCCUUGCAGACCGAGGGCCCAAGGGGAGGUUGAAGGAGAGGCCGAAGAAGGAAGAGAGGCCGCGGAAGGAGAGGCCUCAGAAAGAACAGAGGCCAAGAAGGGAGAAGAGACCACGGAGGGAGAAGCUACGGAAAGAGGAGAGGCCACGGGCUGCCGGGGAGCCCCGGAGAGCCCUACCGCGGCAUUGGGAGGCACGCGAAGAGGGCCACCGGCCGUGGGCGCGAGACUCCGGAGACCCGGAGUACAGGAAGAAGCAGGCCUGGGCCUCGCCGGACGAGGAGGGCCGGCCUCCGGGCCGCCGGAAGCACCGCGCAGGCAAGGGGCGGGACUGAGCCAAGUCUGGCCCCACCCGGGAGUUCCUGGGCCUCCGCUCGCCCGUCCCGUGGUUACAGCAAAAUAAAGUCAGUGCCGGGCCCCCUUCA